UUGUGUAUAGAAUCUAAUAGAUCUAGAUCUAGACCUAUCUAGGCCUGUAUAUUUUUAAUAUAGACCUACAAUGUCAGAUGACGGGAUUAUAGGGACGAAUGAUGAUGCAGCCUCUUGCAAACGUUACGCGGUUGACAAAGGAUACUGGAACGACCCGUACAUUUCCUACUUGGUUCCAAAGACGGCCAGCAGAAAAGCACCAGAGAUCAACCGUGGCUACUAUGCUAGAGUUACAUCCAUACAGAUUCUUGUUGAAAAAUUUAUACGACUAACAGAAUGUAAAUGUCAGAUAAUUAACCUUGGAGCUGGAUUUGAUACUAUGUACUGGCGCUUAUACGAAGCUGGGCUAGUUCCAACAUGUUUUGUAGAUAUAGACUUCGAACAGGUCACUUCUAAAAAGUGUCAUUUCAUCAAAUCAAAGCAGCAGCUGUUAGAGGCACUGUCAGGUCAAGAUGGUGAAAUUAUGAUGAGCAAAUCAGAACUUCACUCCGCCAACUAUCAUUUAGUUUCUGUAAAUUUAAGAAAUUUAGUUGACCUGGAAUCUAAGCUUUCAGCCUCGGGUGUGGAUAGGUCUAUGCCGACGUUAUUUCUCUCAGAGUGUGUCCUUGUCUAUAUUGAACCUGAUGCUACAGAAAAAAUUAUCAAGUGGAUAGCGGAUAGCUUUCCGACAGCUUUCUUUAUUAACUAUGAACAGGUAAAUAUGACAGAUUCCUUUGGCAGUGUUAUGGUUGAAAACUUGAAAGCCCGUGAUUGUGUCUUAUAUGGUGUCACAGCGUGUGCUAGUUUGACUACACAAAUGAAUAGGUUUCUAAACCAUGGGUGGUCAGGUGGUGAUGCCCUGGACAUGCUUCAGGUGUACAGGUGUUUACCGCAAGCUGAUUUGCAAAGAAUAGAGCGCUUGGAGCUACUAGAUGAAAAAGUUUUAUUAGAUCAACUUUUGUCUCACUACUGUCUAGUCUGGGCUUACAAAGACACAAAAGGCAUUGGUCUACACACGAUAAGCUUAUCUUGAAUGCUGUGAAGACAUCUUUUAUUUAUUUUAUAAACAUUUUAGGUCCAAAUUUAGACCUAAUUUUAAAAUGAUUUGUGACUUGCUUCAUUUUGUGUUGCCAUUUGUAAGCGAACUUUAAUCUGCAACUCUCAACUUGAUGUGGAAAAUAAUUGCAAGUUGCUGGUUGAUUAACAAAAAUAUUGAUACACCUCUAAGUUAAAAUUCAUGAUGAUAUGUAAAGUACAGGGAAGAAUUCUGAAAAGAAAUAAAUCAAGCAGGUAAACAACUGUUCAACAGAAAGUGAGCCUGUUUUUUGAUAGAUGAUAAAGUAAUCUUUCAUUUAUGGUUUGUGUGUGUUGUAGUUUAAUGAGUUAACAUCUUGAAGUUUUUUAUUUAUUUAUUUUUUUGUUUUUUCAACAUAAACAUCAAUAUUAAGAUUAUAUUUGCAUUAUUUAAAUUAAUUUAGUUUAUUGUGAUAAAAACACAAUUUUUUUUUUUUUCAUUUUUCAUCACUAUGGUAUCAGAAAUUUUAAUGUGACUAAAAAAGAAGAACACUCUCCUGUUAUAUUUGUAUUGUUUAAAUUAAAUUAGUUUAGUUCAUUGUGAUAAAAACACUAUGGUUUGUUUUAUUUUUUUUAUUUGGUAUCAGAAAUUUUGAUGUGACUGAUAAAUGAGGAAAUCUCCCUCAUAUUGUCUACUACUUGUUUUUUCUCUUGUUUUAAACUUUGCUGUAAUAAAUCAAUUCAUCUAAAAUAGUAUUGCUAAAUUAUUUCAACAUUGUAUAUUUAUAGACUAUUGAAAUAAAGAUUAUGUUUAUAUGUAUGGAAGUGAAAAUUUGUUUUCAAAUAACUUUGUAGAUAGUAGAGCUUUAAUUUGAGUUAAAAUCUAAUUUUUUAAAAGUUUGCAUUAUUGUACA